GUCUCCACCCCGAAGUGGGGCGGAUCCUCCCGGGAUAAGACGCGCGGCCCGGCCCGACGUGCGUGCGACCUCCGCGGCCGCAGAGGAAGAGCGCUGCCGGUCUGGUCUGGGCGCGGCAGGAACUUCUGCUGGGUGAUUGAACUUUGGAUCUUGACACAGAAACAUGGCCAUGGCAACCAAAGGAGGCACUGUCAAAGCUGCUUCAGGAUUCAACGCCACUGAGGAUGCCCAGGCCCUGAGGAAGGCCAUGAAAGGACUUGGCACUGACGAAGACGCCAUCAUCAAAGUCCUGGCCUACCGCAACACGGCCCAGCGCCAGGAAAUCAGGACGGCCUACAAGACCACCAUCGGCAGGGAGCUGAUAGAUGACUUGAAGUCUGAACUGAGUGGCAACUUUGAGCAGGUGAUCAUAGGGAUGAUGACACCCACCGUGCUAUACGAUGUGCAAGAGCUGCGAAGGGCCAUGAAGGGAGCUGGCACGGAUGAAGGCUGCCUGAUCGAGAUCCUGGCCUCCCGGUCCCCGGAGGAGCUCCAGCGCAUCAAGCAGACCUACCAGCAUCAAUACGGACGGAGCCUUGAAGACGACAUUUGCUCAGACACUUCAUUCAUGUUCCAGAGAGUGCUGGUGUCCCUGUCAGCUGGAGGCAGGGACCAAGGGAAUUACCUGGACGACGGUCUCGUGAAACAGGACGCCCAGGACCUGUAUGAUGCUGGAGAGAAGAAAUGGGGAACAGAUGAAGUGAAAUUCCUAACCAUCCUCUGUUCCCGGAACCGAAAUCAUCUGUUGCAUGUGUUUGAUGAAUACAAAAGGAUAUCAAAGAAGGAUAUUGAACAGAGUAUCAAAUCUGAGACAUCUGGUAGCUUUGAAGAUGCCCUGCUGGCUAUAGUUAAGUGCAUGAGGAACAAAUCUGCAUAUUUUGCUGAAAGGCUUUAUAAAUCUAUGAAGGGCUUGGGCACGGACGACAACACCCUCAUUAGAGUGAUGGUCUCCCGAGCAGAGAUUGACAUGCUGGACAUCCGGGACAACUUCAAGAGGCUGUACGGAAAGUCUCUGUACUCGUUCAUCAAGGGUGACACAUCUGGAGACUACAGGAAGGUACUACUCAUUCUCAGUGGAGGAGAUGAUUAAAGUAAAAUCCCAGAAGGAUAGGAAGAUCCUCAACAAUGAAUUUGUUUUUAAACUUCAUUUUUCUACACUGCUAUUAGCAUUAUCUCUGAAUGCUUAUUUCCAAUUAAAACACCCACAGUUGCUUCGUAGGAUUAGACUAUAUUAUUAUCAUCUGUAAUUAGUCAUUCUGAUGCCUUAAAGCUGUACUUGCAUUUCAAAGCUUACAAAACCUAAAUGGAGAUUUAAAAUUAGAAA